UCUGUGCAGGACGUCAUAGUGCGGCGCCUGUGUUGCUAUUUUGUAGUUUAGGUUAGGGAAUGCUGUUUUGUGUUUCAGAGGUAUUUUAAUAUUUUACAGUACUUGGUGGUGGAACAAGGAAAUAAACUGGUAGUGGAAGACGUGACCUAUGGAGUCACAAAUUGAAACCCUUCCCUUUGAGAAUGCCUCGAUCCUCUCAGAAAGCACGUCACAAGAGGGUCAUCGACUUUGGAUUGGCAACAUUGAUCCUAAGAUUACAGAAUACAACCUUGUAAAACUUCUGGAACGAUUUGGCAAAGUCAAGCAGUUCGAUUUUCUGUUCCAUAAAUCUGGUCCGUUGGAGGGGCAGCCACGAGGGUACUGCUUUGUAAACUUUGAGACAAAAGAGGAAGCAGAACGAGCUAUUCAGCGUUUAAACGGCAAACUGGCCCUGUCUAAGAAGCUGGUGGUACGCUGGGCACACGCACAAGUCAAAAGAUUCGAUCAGUUCAGAAAUGAUAAAGUUCUUCCUAUCAGUCUUGAACCUUCGUCUAGCACAGACCAAACUCCAACCACACUAACCGUUAAUGCAAAAAUAAAAGCUAUUGAAGCCAAACUGAAAAUGAUGGCAGACAACCCAGAUGCAGACUAUAGUGGACCCUCAGCUUACUCAUACAAUAAACCCACAGAGAAAAAACGAACUGCUCCUUAUAGCAAACAGCCCCGCAGAACCAAACGAUGACACUUUCAAAGAGGAGCUUUACAUUAGGAACUGUUUCUGCACUCUUUACAAUCCUAUGAUCUUUUGUAUCAUGGAAGUACUUUUUUUUUUUUUUUUCAGAAACGUAAUAGAUAACUUAUUAAAUUUGGUUGUAAACUCCAACAUUCUGUAGUGAGGUCAAGUUUCUGUGUAGGGUAUGUUGAGCUGCUGGGUAGGUUACAUACCGGAGGUGUCUGCUGGUACAGUAAAGUUCAAUUUUAUCACUGUUUUGUGUUGUUUUUUAAAUGUGCUUCAUCUCCUAGAAAGUUUGAUAAAUAUGAGGGUUUUUUCUAUUGAAAUUUUGUACCAUUUAGGCAGAAUGUUUUGAAUGGGUAUGUAUUGCUAUAUUUUUCAUUAUCAUCUAUUGUUGUUGAUACUGUUUUCCUUCUUGAAAUUUGUAUAAACUUGUAUGAUGAUUUUCAUUAUUAAGCUUGGCUUUUGUAUUUUUUAGUAUUAUUUGAGCGUGUUUAUUUUAAAACUUUGCUUGCAUAAUCAUAUUUGUGUGUGUGUGUGUGUGUGCGUGCAAGCUACAAAAAUGCAUAGACCUCUAAUUUAGUAUGACAUAUACCUGUUUCAGUUGGUGUACAAAAGAUGAAAGUAUAACCCUUUUUGAUGUGAAGCUAUUGUAAAUGAGACCAAAUGAACUAACUAGACUGCUUGUGAAUCAAGCUUGACUGUACACUGAUUACUCCACUAAAGCCACUCUUAGAUAGAAGUGUUAAUUUUCUGUUCUGCCGAGUUCUUCAGUAUUCAACAACACAAAUGUUAUUUUCAAGGUUUCAAACCAUUUCUUUGAAUCAUAUAUGGUGUAGUUUAUUACAGCUUUCUGUUGUCCUCUGAAGCAGAAGAGAUUGCCUAAACAAUAGAAAGUCCUUCAGUCUACCCAAAUACGGGGUGAAAUUAUGUUGUCAUAAUGAUUUACAGUAUUGCACGUUGUAUUGCUUAACUUUAAAGGAGAAAGAAUACAUAUAUCAUGUGGAAAGUACUAGGAAUAGUAUUAUUAUAUUGUCUCAUGUUUUAAUUGCAGCAAGGGUCGUUACAAUUAACUAACGACUUUGAAGUUUCAGGAAACCCAACUAAUCCUCAUGUUUAAAGUCUAUGCCUUUUUAUGUGAUUUAAAAAAAAAAAUUUUUUACCACUAUUGUGAAGUGACUUUCAUUUCAUUCUCCUAAUGCUGACCCAUUUAGCUGUCAGAAUGAAUAAAAAUGAGUGCAUGAAGUCCACUAAA